UCUCAGCUCCUUGCCUGGGGGUCAGGUGAGGAACGACAGCACCCCAGGACAAGGGGCAGGGCCACAGAAAACCUUCUCUCUGUGGGUUUCCAGCUCUCAUGUGCCCAAGCUGUGACUCAUUGCCAAGUGCAGGGGUCCCACCUACCCCAAAUCUGCAGCAGCUGAUGCUGGAAACCACCAGGCAGGCGUGAGGUGCCAGUGGCUAUAGUGCCUGCUCCUCUGUGAGCUUUUGGGGCUGCCCCCAGCCAUGCUGGGGUUUGGGUGAGCAGCCAGCAAUGCGGCUGGGGGCCAGCACCCCUUCCACCCCCUGUUCCAGCAGGGUUUGAUCACAUCACACAAAGGCAAGCAUGGCAGGACCGUGCCGCCCAUCCCUGCCUCCGCCGCCUGACGCCGGCUCCUCACCCACUCCCUGGUGAGGAUCAGGGCUUUAAAACCCAAACGAGUUCCUCCGCAUUCACUCCCCGGGAGCUGCCCUGUCCCCGCUCCUGCUUUUACGCAACGUGCCCGCAUGAAACGCGCGGCCGCCAGCUCCGUGUUAUAUAGGCGUCCCGGUCCCCGUCCCGGCUGCUGCUCGGCGCUGGGGACAGUGGUAGAGUGCAUGGAGAAGACCCUGCCCAGGUGCCCUGCAGCAGCUGGGGAGCACCCGGGGACCCAGCAGGGAUGUCGGAGACCUCAUCCAGCAAGGAGGCUCCCCCGGCCGAGUGCCCGGUCUGCUACGAGAAGUUCCAGCCGCUGGAGCACACGCACCGCAGGCUCAGCUGCGGGCACGCCUUCUGCCAUGACUGCCUGGUGAAGUGCCUGCUCUCCGCCAAGCUGGACGGCCAGGUGCGGAGCAGCAUCAUCUGCCCCGUCUGCCGCUACGUGACUUUCCUCAGCAAGAAGAAGGCUCUUUGGCCCAGCAACCUGCUGGCGCUGGAGAUGCCCCUGUCACCUUCCUCCUUGUCCCAGCUGGCCAAACUGGAGCCCAGCAACACCUUGGUGGUGCCCAGCCACUUUGUGAUGCCGGUGCAGAGCUUCGACCGGUGCCGCGGCACGGGGAGCAGCCCCGGGGACUCGCAGGGAGAGCUGGCACGGGAAGCCCACAUCUUCGUCAUCAGCAGCCACGGGAUGCCGCUGGUGGACACGGACUGCUCCUCCCUGGGGAGGAGAAGCCUGGCCGAAACACGCAGCACCGUGUCCUCCAGCUCGGCCCUGGGCGUGAAGUGCUGUCAGUCGCCCAUCGCCCUGGCCGUGCUCCUCAUCCUGACCGUGGCCAUGCUGGCGGCCGUGCUCCCUUGGCUGCUGCUGGUGAAGAGGGACUCGUAGCGGGGAUGGGACCGGCUUGGCUGCUGUAGGGCUGUCACCGACACCGGGGCUGGCACCUCCUCGAAAAUAUCCCUGGAGGGAGCCCAGAAGCAGCUCCAGGGGAAGCUCUUCCAUCUGGCCAGGGACUUCUGGGUGUUUCUGAAGGUCUCUGGGUGCUCACAUGCUGGAUUUUUUGCCUUUUGGCUAAAACGUGGCUUCUCAAGCCCUGUUGGUGGAUUUUUCUGGCAUUUUAGUGGCACAAUGGGGCAGGAAGGGACCCAGCUCACUGCCCACGCAGUCCCAGCCUGUGCCCUGCUCUUAGGUCUCCAGAGUGGGGGCCAUGCUCCUGCUGCCACCGUGUCCCUUCUGCUCUGGGUGUGCAGGGACAGGCAGCAGGGCAGGGGGCAAAGCCAGGUCUAGGCUGUGCCAGGAGCAGGUUUGGGAACCCCACUCUGCUCCCCAUGGUGUGGGCACUGGGGAUGCGCAGCUGAGGUUUGGGAAUUUCUGUGCCCUGUCUAAAGGAAGGGCGAAUGGGGGCUGCUGUUCACCCCCUGCCAGAGCUGCCAGCGGUGACGGGGACUUUCUCCUGCCACUCUCCCCCUGUGGCUGGGCACCCCAGUUCUGCCUUUGCACCCUCACCACCACCUUUGUCCUCCUGACCCAGUGCCCAGCCCCAUAGGCGCUGCUGGUCUCACUCAUUCUGGAAUGUGCCCCGAGGACCUUGGUGCUUUGGGACUGCCUGACCCCUUUGGAGCAGGAGCAGGGUGUCCCUCGCUGUCACCCGCAGGAGGUAGCGGCAGGCAGGAGGGUGGCACAUGGUGGUCCCCGUGCUCCCUAAGUGAGAUUCCCACUGCCUGGAUGGGCAUCAGGUGGCCAGAGUGCCACCGAGAUGGCUUUGGGAUCAUCCAGGACAUUUCAUGGGGACAAAUAAAUCCGACCUGGGGCUGGAAAUGCUGCUUGAUGGGAAAGGAUCAAGGCAGCCCAUGGCCCACCGCUGGGCAGAGCCAGGACAUCAUUCAUCCACCCCCGUGCCUCAGUUUCUCCACCUGCGCGCUGACCCCUGCACGAAGCACUGGGAGAUGACCUGAGGAAAAAGUGCUUGAGACACUGCACUGGAAUGGAAAUCCUAUUUCAUAACAAAUAAUGACCUGACAAGAACGCGCCCAUGCCUCAUCGUUUAAUAAUUACCCUUGUUAUGACGCCAUGUGUCGGGGGAAUUACUGGAGGGUGCCAGGGAGCCACCCCCUUUAUAGGGGCUGCCCGCAGGUGGGUAGGCGUGGAGGAGCCCAAUUCUGGCUGCUGCUGCUGGAGUCUCGGGGAUGCUUGCCAAGGGGGGUGGCAAAGAGACCCAGCAGCAGCUCUGGGGUGCGGAGGGACAUCCUGGGAUGUGUCGGGGUGACAGCAGGGCAGAGGGGCCCAGGAGGUGUCAUCAGCAGGGACAGGCAGCGCCGUGGGCCUUGGCGGGGAGUCCGGGGGCACCCCCCAUUUCGGGCAGGAGGCUUGCCACAGGGUGGCACUGCUUGGCCAGGGAUGGGUGCCGGGGCCGGCGUGGUGGCAGGAGCAGCCCUGGGUGGCGGCACCCUGCGCCUCCAGCCCCUGCCUUGGUGGGCGAGGGUCACGGAGCCCCCCGGGAGCCCUGCGACCAGCACACCCCGGCGAACCAGGGCCCAGGGGGCUGCGUGCGUCUGGGAGGGUGAUCCCAAACCCGUCCUGUGCGCAUGGAGAAGCUGCCAGCAUCCUGUCUGCUCCUUGUUCGUGCUGAUGGCUGGAGCCAGACCUUCCUGAGCCCUGUCCGGCUGCAGGUCCCCGGGGGAGGUCUGGCUCUCCUCACACCACAGCCCCCACCAGGGGCAUGGCAGGGACCAUUUCAGGGACAGGCGCAGCUCGGGGCCGUGCAUCGGGUGGCUGUGUUCCCUGCAAAUGUCCCGGCCCCCCAGCACAUCACCCGCUGUGGGGACACUCGUGUAGUCCUGCCUUGUCCCUGCCAUGUCCCUCAGCAGACACCAGCACUGCUCUGUGGGCGGUCAGUCA